AGCAUGAAUAGCACACAUCUUCGCUUGCUGCUGCUCUAACUAAACAAUUACUACGUGUAUUGACUUUUCAGUUAUUAUCUGCUUCCUGCCCCCCGCCUCCCUCCUAAGGAACCGACCGACCCACCUAACGACUACGCCUGCCGAAGCCGCUCGGCGAAGCGCCCAGUGCGGACAGGAUACCGGGACGAGUCGUCACCAGCGAACCCCGAGAGCUGAGCUGAGCCACUGAACAGUCGGCAGGCGAACUACAACAGGAGAAAGAGGGAGCCAUGCGGAGGAAAUCGAGGAUAUUGUUAUGUUUUGCGGUGCUGUGGGUGCUGGGAAUAGCCUACUACUUCUACUCCGGGACGGCGUUGGGGCGAAAGGAUGAGUGGGACUCGAGUGACUCGUCUAUCCGAAACAAAGCUCACAACUCAGAGGACAAAACUCUGGAGACACUGCCACCUGGUAAGGUCCGCUGGCAGGACUUUGACCAGGAUCUGUAUGUUGGAGCCACGGUGGUUCGGCCGGGUCAGGACCCGUAUGCCAGAAAUAAGUUCAACCAGGUGGAAAGCGAUAAGCUCCGUAUGGACAGAGCUGUGCCGGAUACCAGACAUGACCAUUGCAGACGCAAGCAAUGGAAGUCAGACCUACCAGCUUCGAGCGUGGUCAUCACCUUCCACAAUGAAGCCCGCUCCGCCCUGCUGCGCACUGUUGUCAGCGUCUUGAAGAAAAGUCCAGCCCACUUGGUCAAAGAGAUCAUCUUGGUUGAUGACUACAGUGAUAAUUCUGAGGAUGGAGCGCUACUUGGCAAGAUGGAGAAAGUCCGCGUGCUGAGAAACGACCGCAGAGAAGGAUUGAUGCGCUCGAGGGUUCGUGGUGCUGAUGCUGCCACUGCACCAGUCCUCACCUUCCUGGACUCACACUGUGAAUGUAAUGACCACUGGCUCGAGCCGCUCCUGGAGAGAGUAGCUGAGGAUAAGACUAGAGUGGUAUCUCCCAUAAUUGAUGUCAUCAACAUGGACAACUUCCAGUAUGUGGGAGCCUCCGCUGAUCUCAAAGGAGGCUUUGACUGGAAUCUGGUGUUUAAAUGGGAUUACAUGACUCUGGAUCAGAGACGAGCAAGACAAGGCAACCCCAUCGCCCCCAUAAAGACUCCCAUGAUAGCUGGAGGUCUGUUUGUCAUGGAUAAGGAAUACUUUGAGCAUUUGGGGAAGUAUGACAUGAUGAUGGACGUUUGGGGAGGAGAAAAUUUGGAGAUCUCAUUUCGUGUGUGGCAGUGCGGCGGAAGUCUGGAAAUCAUCCCGUGUAGCCGAGUCGGACACGUGUUUAGAAAGCAACACCCUUAUACAUUCCCUGGUGGCAGCGGCACAGUCUUUGCAAGGAACACUAGGAGAGCCGCUGAGGUGUGGAUGGACGAGUACAAAAACUUCUACUACGCUGCCGUCCCCUCGGCGAGAAAUGUGCCCUAUGGAAACAUCCAGAGUCGUUUGGAUAUGAAGAAGCAUUUAGCCUGUAAGCCCUUCAAAUGGUACCUGGAGAACGUCUACCCUGAGCUUCGGGUCCCUGAUCACCAGGACAUUGCAUUUGGAGCAUUACAGCAGGGAGGAAACUGCCUGGACACCUUGGGACACUUUGCUGAUGGCGUGGUGGGCGUUUAUGAGUGCCACAACGCCGGCGGAAACCAGGAAUGGGCCCUGACUAAGGAUAAGUCAGUCAAACACAUGGAUCUGUGCUUGACUGUGGUGGACAGAACGGCUGGCUCCCUCAUCAAACUGCAAGGCUGUCGAGAGAACGACAGCAGACAGAAAUGGGAGCAGAUUGAGUCCAACUCGAAGCUCCGUCACGUGGGCAGCAACCUGUGUCUGGACAGCCGCAGUGCCCGAAUGGGUGGUCUUACUGUGGAGGUGUGCAGCCCCAACCUGAGCCAGCAGUGGAAGUUCACCCUGAAUUUACAGUCAUAGGAGUGGGGCAACACGACCCCCCUCCUCAACGCCCUCCCAAGAGCAGGACACACCAACAGACUGUUAAGAAGAUUGGAGGAGAAAGACAAACUUGGUGGAUGAACUGGUCCAUCUUGGUCCUCCUCAGGUCAGAGGUCAUUUUUUACACCCCCUCCCAACAUGAAAACAGACAAGGAGAGGCCCUUGGACUGUUAGUUGGAGGGGCAGAGCUGGGAAUGCUGAUGUUGAUGAUGAGGAUAAAAGUGAUGUGGAAGGCUUUCCAUCCAAACGACUACAUACCUCAGUGUUUUUGUCAUUGACCCUUCCCGAGGCUAAAUAACGUGUGAAUUCUUCAAGGCUUUUCUUUUCUUGAAUGCUGGUGAAAAUAGACCCUCGUGAUUUUAUUUUGUAAUUAUUUUUCUUAUGAAUCUUUUUCAUUAUUGUUCAUUUGUGGAGCUUUUUUUUCUCCAAGCUUUUCAGCACAGAGAUUGAAACUUUGAAUUGGAGGAAACCAACUUGUUUGUUUUUUUUUUCCCCUCCUGUGUUUGAAUCUCAUGGGUUUACAGGACCAGCAGAGAUGAAGUGGAGGGGAGAAAUGAAUUUUCUUCCUUCCCCUCAGAGUUAAAGAGGAGAUUUCCACAGCAGGUGAUGGAGUUGUGGAGGAUUUCAUUGAACAUUGAAGAGUUGUGGUCUCUCCUCAGGCUGCAGCAGUGGCUGCUGCACUUUACCAUCCUCAUUUUCCUCUUUCAAGCAACACCACAAAUCUCUUAGCAGCCUCAUUUUGUUUACUUCUCUGUAGGCAAAUUGAAAAAGAAAAAAAGAACACCCUCCAAAGGACACAACAGGACUGAUGUGAUGUCUUUUCUUUCCUUUUGCUGCUCUUCUGCUCCCCGGGGGGAGUGUUUUAUCCAACUUCUGUUUGUAUUGCGAUUUUAUUUUCACCACAUCUAACUGAAUUUGUGUUAUUUACUGUUGCGGCACUCUCUCUCUAGAGGUAACAGGAAUAAAUAACGUAAUCUCUAUUGUAACCACCAUCUCAUAUUAGUUUCUCUAUUCUAGCCCUGACCUGUAGUGACCUUAACCAAACACCACUGUUUGAGGCUGGCAAGCGUCUGUGAACAACACUUAUCAGGAUGUGUUUUAUUUAUUGUAGCCCACUGGGGCCAACUCGAACCGCCGCUGCAGCAGAGAUUUAUUGUGAGCGGAACACGGGUCUCAGUUUUAUUUGAAUCAUGUUCACAUUUUCUGUGUUAAUAACAGUGCUUGUCAGCAUGUUGCAAGGAUGGUAUCGCUUUAGUUUUGAUGGCAUUUAUUUCCUCAUAGAUUCAUUUUGAUUGAGGUAAUCUGAUUGUUUUGGUCAACAACUGUGCAGUGCUGCGCAAAAGACUCAGGCCAGCACUACAGUAGCUUUGCUUUAAUGAACUCACAGCAAUCAUUUUGACACAGUAGCUAGUGAGACAGACUAGAUUUCACGAAAUAUACACAACCGAUUCCCACCAAACUUUUUAAAGGGAUGACUCAUAGACUGAGGAAGAAUCCAUUACAUUUUCGUGAGAAUCUAGGUAAAGGUGCCGAUACAGGAAUUUAAUGCAGUUUCCUGUUUGGCAUCUUUUGUGACCCAAGACGCAGCAUGCUAACUAACAGACUGACAAACAAAUACAUUGAGCACAUAUUUCCAGUGGUAUUACCCACUGAGCCUUGGUGGAGGUCUGCUCUCUAAGUAAGGUAUAUGUGGUCAUUAAAGUAUUGGUAAAAAAAAAAAAAAACAUUUCUAAUGGUGGCCUAAGACUUCUGUACAUCACUGUAUCUAUACAGUAUUAUAAAGAAAGGAUGCUGCCUGCAAGUAUGCUUUCAAGGUUUUUUUUUACACCCAAAAUGAGCUGCAUACCGUAUUUUCCGGAGUAUAACUUGCUCUGGAAUAGUCGCACCAGUCAAAAAAUGCAUCAUGAAGAGGGAAAGAAACAUGAGUCGUACUGGACUGUAAGUAGCAUUUAUUUAUAAAUGUAUUUAACAAAAUUCAAGACCAAGAACAGACAUUUAAUUUGGAAAGCCAAGUUAUUCAACUACACAAUAGCAGAUGGACAACAGGCUGACUCGGUGCCCGGUAUGUAAACAUAACACAUUAACUUUUGAAUCAGCUACACAAUAGCAUAAAUAACAGACAUGGGAGGCUAACAAGCCAGCAACUCCAACAAACAUAUUACAGAUUAUCAAUUUCACCAAGCUCCCGAUCUCGUUCACAUCACUGAAUGGCAGGAGCAGCAUAUACUGUACUUGCCACAAGGCUAGAGCGCCCCUCACAGCUGUCAAUGGCAAUGUUCACUUCUUCAUGUCAGUAUGAAUCAAUAUUUAAAUACAUGUUCCAUUAUACAGUAUAUAUAUGUAUAUGAUAUGCCGCAUGAAAUGAAAUGACUUUUAAAAAAAAAAGUGUGACUUAUAGUCUGGAAAGUACGGUAUUUUGGAGUUAAAUGCAGGGAUAAACGGUGGCAUCAGGACUUAAAUUUAGAGUUGAAUAAAAUCCCCAAAUUUCUGUGACUGUUGAAGAUAAAAUAUUGAACUGAAUGAAAUAAAUUUUUUUUAGUAAGCGAUGUAACAAGGGUUUUUUACUUAAUGAGACACAAGCAGGAUUUCCACUUAAAUUAGAGGAGCAAUUAAUUUAAUGGUUGGAUAUUUUCUUCCCUUCGCUGGUGUAUUACUCAUCAGUCCUGGCUUUCACCUUCACUGUUACUGACAAGUAUAAGAUAUCAAAAGCAACUACAAGAACAGUCUCCACAAGGGCUCCUUGAGGCACUGUGAGGCUCCCCUCAGAGAACAUAAUAAGGCUAAAAAUCUAUUCAUUUUGCAUUCAUUUCAGCAGGUUUGAUAAGUAAGUUUGUUUUUAUGUUUCUUAAGCUGCUGUGCCUCCCCUCAUCAAGUCUUAUGGCGCCUCACACUUUGGAAAGACCUGUUUGAACUUUUUUUGUUGAGGAAAAUUACGUUUACUUCCACUCUACAGAGAAAUUGCAACCACUCACGCUUGGUUACUAAGUAAAAAAUCUGACAAAGACAACUGGUCAUGUUGUCAUCUUUGUUUUUUUGUUUAUUUGCCUUUGUCUUAAACGUUUAAGGCGGCCAUGCUGACACUGCAGCUUGCCUGCAUGCAGAGCCUAUCCUGACACUUGAUAGGCUGCACGUGUUGCUAUAGUGACCAUAAUGUACUGUACUCAAAAUGCCCAAAUAUUGAUUGAUUGAGGUUUCAAAUGGAUUGUUUUUUUAUGGAGUUUGGAAAAUGCAACAGAAGUUUAAACCUGGAAUAUUUUUUAUUACAAACACUGUACAUUUAGUUGUAUCUUUUAGAAGUUUUCUUUUUUUUAAUCAGUUUUGUAUUUUGGGUUGCAAAAAAAGUGAAGUCCUAUAUUUGUAACAUUGGAAGGAAGUCACUCAGUUAAUUGUGUUGCCAUGGUGACGUUCCCACUCAAGAUGUAGAAAAACUGGAGGUGGCAGAAGUGACGUCUACCAUGGUUUCAGCAUUUUGCAUCUUUCCCCAAAAUCAUUUUUUAAAUCAUUUGUUUAUUUUAACAUCUUCCCUGCUAGUCUACAGCUAAUUUUGCAGAAUAAUUUCUCCAUAAUCUAAUGUUCUACUUUGCACGUUUGGAUUUCUACAUCCUGUGGGGUGGUUACAAGGUUAAGGACUUUCUUUGGUGUACAGCGCCACCUCCUGGCGUAGAGUAGCAACUGGAGGAGCCGUGAAAAAAAGAAAGCCAGCAAAACCAGAACCAACACAAGGUGUCGAGCAGUGUUGUUAUUAAUAGCUUGUAUUAACUGUUGCUGAAUUACCAUGGCAACACAGACUGCUAUUCUUUAACUAGUGUGAUUUAACUAGUGUCAAUAUAAAACAUAAAAAAAUAAUAAUUGAAAAUUUUGAUUAGAUUAUUAAAUGUUUACAUCUUUAGCACCAUGUGCCAAAGUUUCUUUGAGGUUGAAUGACAAUGAUGGUGGGAGGGGGGGAGAGAUGUUUUUCACAGGGUAUAAAACCUCUCAGUUUGGUGGUUUAAUGUCUUAACAUUUGUGGCACCCAAAGCAUGCAUCAUUGUUUAGUUGAAUUGUGUGGACAUGAUGAAGGUUUAAAGAUCAGCUUUGCGUUUGGUGUGCAAAACUUGCCUACCACUUUAAACUCUCUUCAACCAGUAGUCACAUUUACAAUCACUGAAAGGAACAAUUGUUUACUGAGAGAAAAGUCACUUUGAGUCUUACUAAGGUGGUAACUCUGCGCGCGAGUGUAAAAGUGUAUAUUUUUGUAUAUACCUACGUCCUAAUAUGUGUACAUGAUGUACAUAUACAGCGUAUUCAGUCGCAGGUUCCUAGUGUUGUUGUCACACUGUACAGCGCUUCUAACUGUUCCCUCUUUUUAUAGAAACUGCAGACUUUGAAUGAGGAGAAAUGAUUAACUUAAAUAAAAGCAUUUGUAUACAUA